ACCCCGGCUUGUUUAGGGAAGUGACGUCGGGGGAUGGAAGCGGCGAAGGGCAGACCAUGGCAUCUAGAGCAGGGGAGGAGGUGUUUGUGCAAAGCCUGACGAAGCUGCUCCAAAACUACGGUGACUCUGUGCUGAGUGGGACCAGUACUCUCUCCUUGCUGACGGUUGGCCUGCAGGUCCUCCACCAACUCUUUGAGCAGCAUCUCCUAGCCCGCAAGUACCAGCAUGGCUUUGUUGCCCUUCCCUCCCACCCGUCGGACACCGCCUCCGUCCUGGACGUGCAGUUCCUCUUCGAUGUGUUGCAAAAAACCGUCUCGCUGAAGUUGGCGCAUCCCCCAGGACCCAGUCUCCAGACACCCGUGAGGAUCUUUGCGUUUAAAUCCCUCCGAUUCCUAGAGCUGAAGCAGGUCCCCCCUCACUGCCUGGAAGGGUUACGGGGGGUCUACACCAGGCUGGAGAUCCUCGUGUGCUCUCGUUGCAUCCACACUGUCGAGGAGAUCAUCUCGGUGUGCGGUGGUGACCUGAGCUCCGCCCUGCCCUGGUUGGACUUGCACACCCUCAACUUCAGCAACAACUUCAUCACCUCGCUCGACAGCUCACUGGGACUACUCAACGUGCUACGGACACUGGACCUGAGCCACAAUCAAAUCCGGGAUUGUGCAGAGAAUCUCAAGCUGCUGGCUGAACUGGAGUACGUGAAUUUGAGCUACAACAUUCUGGAGAAGGUGCCCGUCUUCAAUCCCUGCUCGCGGGUUCAGCUCGUCACCCUCCUGCUGCGCAACAACGAGUUGGAAGACAUCAGCGGGCUGGAGCAUCUUACACACCUGAAGUGCCUGGACCUGGCGUUUAACAUGAUAUCCAAGCACGGGAGUCUGGCACAGCUCUCCCACCUACACAGGCUGAAAGAGCUCUUCCUUGAAGGGAACCCCGUGUACUACCAGAGGAAUCACAGAGCGAGCACCAUCUAUCACCUCUCUCCCAAAGCUGCCUUCCUGCGUCUGGUCCUGGACGGAGAGGCGCUCACUAUGGCAGAUCUCACCAACCUCCCCAAGUCCGGCAGGCUGCUCAGUCACACGGGGCGCCACUCCCCUCGCAACAGCAUGCUGAAGAAUGUUCUGGAAUCCUCGAUAAGCAGCGAGCAGAACGAUCGGCAGCAUUCGCCCGACGGUAUCGGUGGCACCCUCAUGCGGAAGAAGGUAAAUGUCUGA